UAUAACCUUCACGUCACUUUAACCCAACGCCUAGGGGAACCAGAAGUGGAUUGAAUAUCGAAAUUCGAUAAAAAGCCAAACCCUUUCUUUGUAUGCUUUGCGAUCUAGGGAAAUCGAUACUUAUUUUUCGAUUGGAUGAUCAACAAAACUCGAAUUCGAUCGAAUUAGUGAAAAAGCAAUUUAGAUCGAGGAUCGGAAGACUAGUUUUUUGAUGUCCGAUUGAAGUGAUAAAGAGGGCGGAACCCUAAUUAUUGAAUUAUUGGGGCUUUUGUAUUUGAUUGAAUUGAAUCGCUGUAUGAAAGAUAUAGGGGGGAGAAGGCGAUCAUAGAAAACAAAAAACAGAGCUGCACACACAACAUGUCUGCGGUGGUGUGCGGGAAAAGAUCAUCUUUCUUCGAGGAUCAUACCGUACCUUCUUCAUCAUCGGCGUCGCCUCCUGCUUCUAAAAGAAUCCGUUGCUUUUCUUCUUCGUCCCCUGUGCAAUUUUCCUCAGCGACUCCAUCGUCGCGGUUUUUCGCACUCGAUCGUCUCAUCGCGCUGUUCCCUGAGAUGGAUAAGCAGCUUCUUGAAAGAACUCUGAACGAAUGUGGUGAUGACAUUGAAACUGCAAUCAAAAGUCUUACUGAGCUACGUUUAGUUUCUGUUGAACAUGCUGCCUCUGCUGUUGGAAAGGAAUCCGAGUAUCAAAUCCAACCCAAUGCUAAUGGUGUUGCAAAUGGUGAGGCUGUUCUUAUUGAGAAUUCAUCACCUCAAAAACCACCUGUAGAUGGUGCAGAUUGGGUUGACCUUUUUGUGAGAGAAAUGGUGAGUGCUUCCAACAUUGAUGAUGCUCGAGUUCGUGCUUCAAGAGCUCUUGAAUUGUUGGAGAAAUCUAUAUGUGAACGUGUUACAACUGAGGCACAUGGUCUUCAACAGGAAAAUAUGAUGAUGAAGGAACAACUUCAAGCCCUAAUUCAAGAAAACUCUCUGUUGAAAAGAGCUGUUGCAAUUCAACAUGAAAGACAAAAGGAAUUUGAAGAUAGGGGGCAAGAGUUGCAUAAUCUAAAGCAAAUGGUAUCUCAAUACCAAGAACAACUUAGAACUCUUGAGGUCAACAACUAUUCUUUGACCAUGCACUUGAAGCAGGCUCAGCAAGGUAGCUCAAUUCCAGGGCGAUUUCACCCUGAUGUUUUUUAAUUAAAUUUUGAGAGAUUUAUAUUAUACUCUUGAAUUUUACUUGGUAUUAUAUAUAUAUAAAGCCUAAUUAUCCAAGGCUUAUAUAAUAUAUACUUCAUAUUUUCAGACUUGUGUUAUUGUAUUGUUGUACAACAAAAUAUAUCAAUUUCAUGGCUU